AUGACGCUGCGCAGCUUCGCAGAUUAGCUUGUCCCGUAUUUACCAGCAUAAACAUUUUGUAACCACAGAGAAUAGCAAAGUGCUGCAAUGUCGUCUGCUUUAGAUGCUCUUUGGGAGGACAGAGACGUCAGAUUCGACAUAACAGCCCAGCAAAUGAAAACCCGUCCAGGAGAGGCGCUGAUAGACUGCCUGGACUCCAUUGAAGACACGAAGGGAAACAAUGGAGAUCGAGGACGACUCCUGGUGACAAACCUGAGGAUCAUUUGGCAUUCUGUGGCUCUGCCAAGAGUCAACUUGUCUGUGGGUUACAACUCGGUUAUUAACAUCACAACAAGAGCAGCGAACUCUAAACUGAGAGGCCAAACUGAAGCUCUCUACAUUUUAACAAAGUCCAACAACACAAGAUUUGAGUUCAUCUUUACAAAUCUGGUUCCGGGAAGUCCAAGACUCUUUACCUCUGUGAUAGCUGUACACAGGGCUUAUGAGACUUCUAAGAUGUACCGGGACCUGAAACUGCGAGCUGCUCUUAUUCAAAACAAGCAGCUUAGACUCUUGCCACGGGAGCAAGUGUAUGAUAAAAUCAAUGGUGUUUGGAAUUUAUCCAGUGAUCAGGGUAACCUUGGAACCUUCUUUAUCACCAACGUCAGGAUUGUGUGGCACGCCAAUAUGAACGAAAGCUUUAAUGUCAGCAUUCCUUACCUCCAGAUUUGGUCAAUCAGAAUAAGAGACUCAAAGUUUGGCCUCGCUUUGGUCAUAGAAAGUUCAAGACAGAGCGGAGGAUAUGUGCUUGGGUUUAAGAUUGAUCCAGUGGAUAAGCUUCAAGAUGCACUCAAAGAAAUCAAUUCCUUGCAUAAAGUGUAUUCUGCCAAUCCAAUCUUUGGAGUGGACUAUGAAAUGGAGGAAAAGCCUCAGCCGUUGGAAGAACUCACAGUGGAACAACUUCCUGAUGAUGUGGAAAUUGAGCCUGACGAACAGACUGAUGCUUUCACUGCAUACUUUGCUGAUGGCAUCAAGCAACAAGACCGCGAACCAGUUUUCUCUGAGGAACUUGGUCUUGCCAUCGAAAAGCUGAAGGAUGGGUUUACGCUUCAGGGGCUGUGGGAAGUCAUGAGCUGAAACAGCAUGAAGCAUUUACAGUAUGUCCUGUAUGUAUAUAUUGUAGCUACAUGUGUAAAAAUAGACUACAUCUUUAUCUAGGUCAAGUUUUUCAGUUUAUAUGUAAAAACAUGUUCUUAAAAAGUAGAAAAUAGAUAUUGUCACAGAGUUUU